GGGACAGCUCCGCUCCCCUGAGGAGCAUGGCCUGGGACCUGCCACCCUUCCCAGAGCCCCUCGGUGAGCACCACCCCCACAGCCCCCAGCUGUGCUCAACCAGGCCUGGAACAGGAAGUGCCUGGAACCUUCCCUGACGUUGCCAUGGCGCCCACGACCCGGAAACCAAGGGCAAGCUCUCCCCGCCAAAGCACCUUGGCCCCUAAGAAGAGAAGGGUGAGCCCCAGAUGUCAUGAGCGCUCUCGGGAUUCAGAGUCAGAAGGUGAACGGCCCGCAGCAAGCUCGUAGUUCAGAGACCGGUGCAGCGAGAGUGUCUCUGUUCCACAAGCUUCUCCGGUAAACACACCCGUGGCGGCCAGGGGGCUUGAGAGCUGAGAGCAGUGUUUCUUCCCCCCCACCCCCCACACGCCCGAGGGUCAUUGCCACUACCGCUCAUGAAAAUGCUGAAUCCGCAGCGCAGAGCUCGGCUGGAACGCCGGAUGGUUGGCUCAACAAACCGGUGGCGUUUUCCCUCAAAGCCCUUCUCCGGGGACCUGCUGGGGCUUUCGCAGAGGUGCAAGGCUUUGAGCGUGGACCUUGAUGAGGCUCUGAAGAACCCAGACAGGUUAUGUGUUUCACAAAUUCAGAAAAUUUUCUCUGAGACCUCGAAGAACAAGCCCGUCCAAAGCAGGGAGGCAGACGUGAUUCUCGAAUGUCUGGGCUCCAGAUGGGAACUCCAUCAGCCCCAGCUUUUCCAGUCCGAGACCUUGAGCAAGCUCUACCUGAUGGCGCUGGCCCAGAGCACCAAGAGGCCCACAAAGGAACUGGAGAGUCUUCUGCAAGCUCAGCUGCCUGGGAAGAUCAAGGAAAGACCCCCCACGAAGAAGAUGAUCAUUUCCUUGAAGAUCAAUGACCCCGUGGUCACUAAAGUUGCCUUCGCCAUGGCCCUGAAGAGCCUCUACCUGAGCCAGGUGGAGAUGAACGUCAACGACGUGCUGGCCGUGCUGGCUUCCGCACACGUUCUCCAGUUCAGCAGCCUGUUUCAAAGGUGUGUGGCCGUGAUGAUGAAGGGACUCACGCCAAGCACCAUCAAGAGCUUUUACCUGGCCGGCUGCAAGUACAAGGAAGAGCAGCUCACCACUGCCUGCGAGAAGUGGCUGGAAAUGAACUUGGUCCCUCUGGUAGGGACACAGAUCCACCUCCGGAAAAUCCCGCAGGAGCUGCUUCACAGAGUGCUGCGGUCCCCCAGGUUGUUCACUUUCAAUGAGUUUCAUCUUCUGAACACGCUACUGUUGUGGGUCUUCUUGCAACUGAACCCCAAAGUGCAGACAGUUCCUGUGCAGGAAACGGUGCUGGCAUUUUUUACCAGCUUCUCCAGGAAGUAUUCCUUUCUGGAUCAGGACACGGGACAGAGCUUGGUGCCACUUUUCCUUUGCCUGCGCCUGCACGGCAUCAUCAAAGGCAAAAAUCUGGAGGAGUUAAGGCACAUUAACUUCUUCCCGGAGUCCUGGCUGAUCCGGGUUACAGCCAACCAUUACCACGCACUGGAGAGUGGGGGUGACAUGGCCCACGUUAAAGAUCUUACCACCCAGGCUGUGAGAUUUGGGCUGCUCUUUAACCAGGAGUAUACAACUCAUUCGGAAGUGAUCGCCAUAUACGGAUUCUUCUUUGAGAUAAAGGGAGUCAGACAUGAUACUACCUCUUACAGUUUUUACAUGCAGAGAGUGAGGCACAGUGACGUGGUCUGCGAGCACGGCCCCGUCAGCCUGCGGGCGGAACGCCUGGUGAAGUACGAGAUCAGAGCCCAGACCCUGGUGGACGGCCAGUGGCAGGAGUUCAGGACCAACCAGAUCACCCAGAAGUUUGGGUUCUCCAAGCCGUCCUGCAAAAGCCACGCCUUGAAAAUCCACACCGUGGGCCUUCCAAUCUAUGCAAGUUUUUCAUUCAUCUUCCCAAUGUCUUGACAGUUUCCAGAAGAACCUGUGGGAUUUUUCUUUCUUUUGCCAGGGUCUACAUAAAAGAAAAUAAAACGGCGUUAAAGGGA